AUGACAGACCCGCUGGCCGUGCUGAACGCAAUUCAUCAAGUCUUGGUCUCCGCAGGUUUACAUGCCGAUUUGUCUUUGCCUACCAUUGCAGUGGUGGGUUCCCAGUCCGUGGGCAAGACGUCUGUGCUGGAGAGCCUUGUAGGAAGAGACUUCCUGCCAAGAGGGACGGGCAUCGUAACCCGAAGGCCGCUAAUUCUGCAGCUGCAGCAGGUGCGCCAAGCAGGAGCUGAACAUCAAGCGCAGAGCGAGUGGGCUGAAUUCCAGCACUGCAACCAGAGGUUUAUUGACUUCAACGAUGUCCGCAGGGAGAUUGAAGCAGAAACAGCCCGCGUUUGUAAUGGCAGUGGCGUCAGCGACGAGCCCAUCCUCCUGCGAAUCUUCUCUCCGACGGUCAUGGACCUGACUCUUGUCGACUUGCCUGGGCUCACCAAGGUGCCCACGGGUGACCAGCCGAAGGACAUAGCCCGGAGAAUCCAGGAUUUGGUGAAGAAGUACGUGGCCAACAACAACACGCUGAUUCUUGCAGUGUCAGCAGCCAACGUGGACCUGGCCACUUCUGACGCCUUGGCCUUGGCCAGAGAGGUUGAUCCCAAGGGUGAGCGCACGGUAGGUGUACUCACCAAGCUGGACCUGGCAGAAGAGAACGGCACGGCCUUCGAAGCGCUGGCUGGCGAAGUCUACCCCUUGCGGUUGGGCUACACAGCCGUGGUCUGCAGGAGUGAGAGGGCCAGCCAGUCCGGAAUGACAUUCGAAGAUGCGUUGAAGGAGGAGCAUGAUUUCUUCGCGCGGCAACCGCGGCUACAGCCGCUGCUGUCGCAGUGUGGGAUCCCCAACCUGGCCCAGCGCUUGCAGUUCCUGCUCCUGAACCACAUCAGGGAGGCUUUGCCCGCUCUUCGCACAAACAUGCAACGGGUGGCAGAGAAGUGUCGCGAGGAGCUUGCAACGCUCGGUGACGAAAACCUCGAGAAGCAGAUGGGGCAAGGGCCGCUUUUGCUUUACCUGAUUUCUUGCUAUGUCCGGCACUUUGGCGACCUGCUAGAGGGUCGAGUGGGGCAUCGAUUGCAGGAUCCUCCGCCAGCUAAGCUGAUUGGCGGCGCUCGUAUCCAUCACAUCUUCCAUCGCGUUUUCGCCCAGGAGAUCCUGCAGUUUGAUGCCUUCACUGGCCUCUCGGAUAUGGACAUACGAGUUGCAAUGAGGAAUGCUGCUGGACCCAAGCCACAGCUGUUCGUGCCGGAGAUUGCUUUCGAAAGGAUGGUGAAGCGUCAAAUUCAGAAGCUGGAGGAUCCCGCGCUUCAGUGUGUGGCUCUGGUUUUCGAGGAGUUGAAGCAGCUCGCCGCUCAAAGUGAAGCCGGCGAUCUGCAGCGCUUCCCAGGAUUACGCGAGAAAAUUCUCGAAGUUGCCCAUGGUGUCAUUCGGCGGUCUUUGCAGCCGACAAACAACAUGGUGUCCAAUUUGAUCCGCAUAGAGAGCGAGUUCAUCAAUGUGGACCACCCGGAUUUCAUUGGCGGCCUGAGAGCUAUGUCCUGUGUCCAGGAAACCCGGCCGGAAUCUCCACCGGCAGUGGAGGCUGCAGAAAGCCGUCAGCCAGCACCACGGGAGGCAGAUGAUGUGAUCCGAUUACCGCCUGUGCCGCUGAUUGUGACACCUGCUGGGGAACCUUCAGAGAAAGAGCGCAUGGACACGGAGCUUCUCAAGUCGCUGCUCUUGUCCUACUUUACCAUAGUCAAGAGGAAGAUCAUUGACUCCGUACCGAAGGCCAUCAUGCACUUCAUGGUGAAUUCCGCGCAGGAGUCCCUCCACGCUGAGUGCAUUGCUGAAUUGUACAAGUCCGAUCUUGUCGCCCAGCUCUUGCAAGAGCCCGAGGAGCUUCGGCAGAAGCGUCGCAGCUGCGAGGCAAAGCUGGCUGAGCUGCAGAAAGCCCAGGAUUUGCUAGCACAGAUUUGCGAUGCUGCUGCCGGCUGUGCAUAG